CAUCACUGUGCCGAGAACGCUAAAGACAAGAUUUCGCAGUCGGAGCGAAGCACCGUGCUGGACAAGUGCAGCGAAGCGAUCAAGUGGCUCGAUGCUAAUACCGAGAAGGAGGAGUACGAAUACAAACUGCAGGAACUCACAAAAGUCUGCAGUCCUGUGAUGACGAAGAUGCAUCAGUCAGCUGGAGGCGGCGAUGGUCCGCAAGCGUCCCACUGUGGUCAACAAGCUAGAGGCUGCAAUGGUAGCGGUGGCCCCACCAUUGAGGAGGUUGAUUAAAAGUACAAUGUUCCUUUAUUAGUAUUAUUAGUUCUAAGUAAAAUUAGAUCUCAGUCAAUUUAUUUAUUUGUAAGUUUAUAAAAUUUUAUUUAAAUUGAAUAUAAUUCAAUAAAAGCAAUGUUAUCUAA